GACAGGGACGCACUCAUCCUGGAUCCAAGCGAGGCCACUUUCUUGGCCCGGCCCGAGUGUUAGCGGUGGAGACCAAGAGGGAGUCCGAUGGAACGUCCCGCGAAGGAGGUUCAGUAUGGUGCAUUAGAGGCCGUCAGUUGGUCAAAUGCGCGCGGGAGCAGUUGCGCCCCGCGUCUGAACGCGAAGAACUUUUAGAAGCACUUGCUCAUGAUCAUGGACAACCGUCUACGCCGUGGACAUUCAAUAAGCUGGCCGCCGAAAUCGGCGGAACACAGUUUCAAGACUUGACAAAUGAAAUUCCGGAUGAACAUGAAUGGCGUCGCGCUCAAGAUCCAGAUCAGGAGUCGCCUCCAGUAAGGUUUCGAUUUCGAGGGAAACGAGCGGCUCCGGAAGCAGUCGACGACGACCUGAUGGAGCAAGGCGAAGGAGCCGAACCGUCACAGAGCUCACGGCCCGGUCGACCACGAGGUGUCCCCGAGGGUAUGGGUUACAGUGGUACACAGCGCGAGGCCUGGCAAACGACAGUUUCAGACUUUUGUUGGGCAGCUGAAGAGUGCAGUUUUUGGGCACAGGAACAAGCUGCAGUGACAGUGGAGAUCCCAUUGCCAGAAGAAGGCAAGGCCUUAGACAAAGCUUUAAACAACUUGACGGGUUUCUUCGUUGGAGCCAUGAAACGACAAGCAGUGGAGGUGAACGAGAAACGACUCACGGCGCAGGAGCGACAAGAGUUCUCAGAAGCAAAAGGCAUCGAGAUUCGCAAUUUUCUUGCAGCACAAGCUUUCGAGACGCUUCCCGCACAUCUUCAACCUACAAAAUCCCAGGCUAUAGGAAUGCGCUGGGUGUUAACUUGGAAGCUGCGUGACGAUGGGAGCAAGAAAGCGAAGGCGCGCGCGGUAUUGUUGGGGUAUCAGGACCCCCAGUACGAGCACAGAGCAACAACGGCGCCAGUGAUGACGAAGCAAACGCGACAGCUCUUGCUGCAGCUCGCAUCAAACGAACAGUGGCAUGUGUAUAAAGGUAACGAGCAGAAUCCCAAAUGGGCCCACAUCAUUGAACAGAUUAAACUGAAGUUUAAAUGGGGUGACUGGGAGAAAGAUCAGUUCACGCAGUGUGGGGCAGCAGUGAAUGGUGAAGACCAUUUGUACUAUGCCAGGUAUCAGUGGUCGGAGCUCCAGUUCGGUCCGGCAGACACUAAGGCGCAGUUGGGCAAUGCGCUCACCAAAGCUGGAGGUGGUCGAGAGUUGGAGCUCUACUACAAGAUGGGCCACAA